AUGGAUUAUAAUUUUCAAUUGACUCAAGUAUGUUCAAAUGAUGAGAUCCUUAUUUAAUGUAAUGACAUGUUCCUAAGUUCAGAUGGAUUUUAUCCACCUUUCAUUAAAAUUAAGUUCAUCAAAAUAAUAUUCUUAGAUCUUAAAUACAAAUAGAAAAUAUGAUUUUUCAUAUCUUUCCAGUUUCAUUUGAUAAUGAUGAAAUCCAGAUACUUAAUGAAUAGGAAAUUAUCCAAUAUUCAUAAGAUAUUGUAUUACAACUAUCUAAAUCUAAUAAAUAUAUAUGUGUUAUUGUACAUAAUGACAAAAGUAUACUCUCUUUAACCAAUGUAAUUGAUAGAACAUCACUAUUCAGAAUAUAACCUUGUUAUAAAUCAUAAAUUUAAGUAAUGAAUCUUUUAUAUUAAAGAAUUCCAAUAAAGUCUCUUUUGAUGAUGAUAUAUUUUUGAUGUAUUCUCCUGAAAAUAUUACAUUGUAAAAUUUAGAAUAAUAAUCAGAUUUAUUUGUAAAUAUCAAUCAAAAUCUACUAUAAACAUCCGAUUUCAUACUCUAAGCAACAAAAUAGACAACAUUUAAAUUGAAAAAGCAUCUCAAAGAUAAUUAAUCUACUUCACUUUGUUAUGGUAGUCUAAUUAAAAUUAAAUAAAUUGAAAGAGAUUCUUAUUUAGAAUUAACUACCUAUGAAAAUAUUCAAUAGAAUCCUCAUAUUAAUAACUUACAUAUGACUGAUGUGUAAACACAAUAUUAACGCAUUUUUUCAAAAAAUAAAACAGUUUUUUGGAGAUCUGGUGAAAGAAAUUAAUAAAAUAUAGAUUUAUUGCUUUAUGAUAUAUGGAGACUAUAUCAUCCUUAAAAGAUCAAUUAAUAAAUCAAAUAAGGAGAUUAAUUUUAUCUUUAAAAUUUGUCUGGUAAUUUUUAUAUGAAUGGAGAUUAGAUUUGUUAUAAUUAUUAAGAUGCUUCACUCUAUUCAUAUAUUGAAGAAGAAUCUUUUAAUAAUAAAAUAUUUUAUAUUCUUUGGAAUAAUCAAUAUUUAAGUUAUAAGAUUUUUAAUUAAAAUAAUUUUAAUUAAAUUUAAGAUAAAUAAUUAAUUGAAUAUAAAUCUAAAAAGUCUAAACUAGAUUUAUUACAAUACGAUUUGAUUUCUAAUGUAGAUUUUAUUCAUUAAAAUUGGCUAGAAAAUAUAGUUUAAUUAAUUUAAUAAAUAAAUCUAAAAUAUUAAUUACAUAAUGAUUAAAUCAAUUUAUUUAUUAAGAAUUAAUCAAUAAAUGAUGGAAAAUUUGAUGAACUCUUCUUUUAAUUAUAAUAAUUAGAAAUUGCAUUAAAUGAUUUAAUUAUUUUUUGUGUUGCAGAUGAAGAUAAACCAAAGAUAAUAGAUAAAAAUGCAAUAUAUUAUUUAAAAAUGAAUUAAUAUAAUUAAGAUUUAUUAAGAAAAAAAGUUAUAGUUUAAUCUCUUAUUGAAUUUAUUGAAAUUGUUAAAUGGCAAUAUGAAUAUACAUAAAUCAUAGAAUAAAAUAAAAUUCAAUUAAAUAAUGAUAUACCAAUUGAAGAUUAAAAUUUAUAAUUCUUAUUUCAAUUAGAUACUAUACUAAAUUAAAUUUUCCUAUUUUUUGAAGCCUUUAGUUCUAAUAACGAUUAUAAUAGUUAAAUAAUAUUUUUGGCUUAUUUUAAAUUAAAAUAAUAUUUAGGAUAUAAUGUUGGAGCAUUCUAUUGUUUGAUUCGAUUAUUUGAAAAUAAUCAAAAUUUAAUACCUGUUGCAGGUAUAAUGCCUUUUAUUGGAGAAUCUGAGAAAGAAUAUGAUCAAUCCUUAAUCAAACGCUCCACAAGAAUAAAUACUAUUUUAACUAAAUAAUAAAAUUAUAUAAAAUCUUAAACUUUAAUAGAUGAAAUUUUUGAAAGAGCAAAUUAUUGUCUCUAAAUACUUAAUAAAAGAUUUUGGGGUAAUAUUAUGAAGAUAUUAAGUGUUUUAUGUUUAUAAAAUGAUAAAGCAUGUUUUAAUAAUUAAAUUAAUAUUGGUAAGCAUAUCAUAUAAGGUCCAAAAAUUUUAUUAUAAUUUGUUAUAAAAGAAGAUAAUCUAUUAUAUAUUUAAAUAGAUGAAAAUUUACAUGAAUUAAAUGAAAUUUAUGUUUAAAGUAGUAAAAUUAAUAGAGAUUUUAUGAAGGAUAUUAUUGAAUGUAAGAAUUUUCUUGAUUCUUAAUUGAAUCUUAUAGGAUUGUUAUGUUAGGAAAGGAAUUAUGAAAACAUUUAAUUUUAUAGGACAAAAUUACCUUAAAAGAUUUUAAUUAAUUAUAUAAGUUACUCUGGAAAUGCAGAAUCAUUAAGAUGCAGAUUAAUUAUUAUUUUAAUGAAUUUAUAUGUUGAUUGUUAUCCUUAUUAACCAAAAUAAAUUCCUAAAUUAAUAUUCAAUUUAAAUAAAUUAUAUGGAUUAUAAUCUAAUGGUUUUAAUGCUGAAUCAUCUUAAUUAGAAUUGCAAGAAUUUAAAAGCAAACCUUUGCUUAAAUAAUUAACAAGAUAAUUCACAAUUAAUGAUACUAAAACUAUUGAAAAAUUACUUACUAUUACUUAAGAACUUGUUAAAUUAAAUUUAAUUAAAGAAAAUUAAAUUAAUCUUAGUCUUAGUGUUUGUAAGACCUUAUAAAUGUUUUAUAAAUUAUACACUUUCAAUUUACCUUAAAAUAAAGAAUUUCAUGAAAAAUACUUUGAUGUAAAUUUAUUAAUUUAAGCCUAUACUUUAUUACCUCAAUCAUUAGAAUAAAAUCAACCUUUAUAAGAGUAAGUUUAAUAAUACUAAUAAUUUUAAGAAUAAAAGGAAAUUUUUAAUUAAAUGUCAAUUAUUUUAAUUGAUUUUUUGUAACUCUAUUUUCAACAAAAAGAGACUAAAAUUUUGACUUCAAUUAUUAAAACAUCUUAAGAAUUUGAUUAUCUUGACUUUUCUUAAUAGUAUAAUUAUAAUCGUUAUGAAAAGAUUAAAUAGAAUACAUUUCUUUUAUUGAAACAUAAAUAAUCAUAAACUGAAACAUAAUUAAAGGCUUUUAAUUUAAUGGAAUCUCUUUAUCAACCUAAAAGAAAUAUUAUAAAGAGAUUAUAAAAAUGUUUAUUUUUGGAAAAUCAGAAAGAAGUAACUUAUUAUUAAUAUAUAAAAUAAAUGAUUUUGUAAUUAAAAGAAUUAGAGAGUGCUGAUGGAAAAUAGUAAUUAUAUUAAAAUUGUAUUAAUUCUUUAAUCAAUUUAAAUAAAUAAUUAAUAAACUCAGAUAAUUUAUUAUUACUAUAAAAAAUAUUAAGAAUAUUAAAUUUUGAUUAUAUUCUUUUAGAUUUUCUUGAAAGUUAUUAAUAAAUUUGUUAUUUCAUUACUUAAAAAUUUAUAAAAAGCAAUAAUGAUAACAGAUAUAUUUUAGAAAUUAACAAUGAAGAGGAAUAAAUAUUAUAAUUUUGCACAUAAUCAUUCAUAAUUUUAAAAUAUUAUUGUAAUGGAAAUUAUUUGAAUAAAUUAAGAAUUCUAAGCAAAUUUAAUUAAUUUGAUGACUUUUUGAAAUGCAUUGAUUUAGGACAAUAUGAUUUACUAUAAGAAAUAUAUUCUGAAUCAUAUGAAAAUAUUGAGUCAGCCAGUAGUAGAAUUAUUUAUCUUUUAUUAGAUAAUUUAAAUUUAGGAUCUUUAAAAGUGUUAAAAUCUUUAAUCAUUUAAUAAAAUAUAUCAAGUAGCAAGAAUUUAUUUGAAAUCAUUUAAUAAAUUUAAAAUUCUAAAAAAUUUAAAUAAUAAUUGGGAUUUUAAGAUAGUAUUCUUGAGAAUAUACUAUAAUAAAAUAAAUACCAAACUUUCUAAAAGUAAUUUCAAAUUGGCAAUCUUCCUUAUAUAUUCUAAAUAUAAGGAAUUUAGUUUAUUUUAUAUUUACUCAAAUAUUCUAAUAUUUAAGGUUGUAAAGUACUUGCUGAUAUUUUUCCAUUACAAUAAAUAAUUAAAUAUUGCAUUUAAUUAAAAGAUAUAUUCAGAUCAACAUUUGAAGAUUUAAAUAUAGCUAUAUUAAAUACAAUUUUAAAAACUUAAUUAAUUAAAUUAUUCAAUGAAUUAUUAAAUUAUAAGGAAAUUAUUAAAUAUGAAGAUGAAAUUCAAUAAAAUAUAUUUUAGUUUAUAGAAAAGGAAAUGAAGAUUUUUGAAAGUAAAGUUGUUGUUUUAGAUUAUUAAAUGAAGUAAACAAAUGAUAUACAAAAAAUAUAUGAUUACAUUAAUACAAAUUUUAAAUUUAAAAUACAAAAGAAAUCAAAAGUUAAUUAAUAAAUAUUUUAAUAAAUUUAAUCUGGAUCAGAAAAUGAGAGUGAUAAUGAUUUAAAGGAAGAUGAAUAAUUAUUAGAAUGUUAAAAAUAAAUGGCAUACUUUUAAUUAUAAUUUAAUUUUGAUUGUCUUUAUUUUAAUAAUUAUGCAAUCCUAUUACUUAAUGUAUUUCUUAACUUAGCAUAAUUAAUAUAAGAAUAAAUAGAGAAUAUAGAAGAAUCAUAAUCUAAAACUGGAAACAGAGCAUCUUCAUCAUUUGCAAGGUAAAUGAGUAUAUCUUAAGCUUUUGCUGAUAGUAUUGUAAAUGAUAUGAGUUAAAGUGUAAAAUUAAAACCUUUUAAUAAUUUGAAAAUCAAAGUAGAUUCAUUUUUAAAAUAAAUUGAAGAAUAUUUAAAACUUAAUUUAUCUAAAUGGGAAAUAUUGGAAAAUGGUCAUUUUUUAAUAGAAAAAUCAUAAUAAUUGAAAAUAAUUUUUUUGAGAAAAUUGGAAUUUUAAAAUUUUAAUCUUGAUUAAAUUGAAUAAAAGAAAAAAGAUCAAAUAAUAGAUCCAUACUGUUCACCAAUAUAUUGUAAUGAUAAAAGAAUACAUGAAUUGAUAUUAUUGAAGAAUAAAUCUAAUAAUAAAUUUAUUGACAAAUAAAUUAAUAGUUUUUUUAUUAAUGAACGUAUUUUAGCAAAUGAAAAUUUUGAUAUGUACUUUUAAAUCUACAAAUAAUAAUUACUAAUGAAUGAUGAUUAUGAAAUCAUAAAUGAAAAUUUCUCAAAUAUAAUUUUACCUUUAAUUAAUUGUUUUUAAUCUAGCAUGAAUAAUUUAAAUAAAAAUUAUAAGUUCAUUAAAAAAAUAUUAAAGUUUCUAUGGCAUAUGUUGGAUAUACACACUUAUAUUAGAGAUGAUUACAAUUAAACAGUUAGGAUUUAUGAAAUGAAUAAAAAGGGAAAGUAUCAUUCCAAAAGUGAAUAAAUACUUCAAAUUAAAGCAAUUAAAGCAUUUUAAAAUUUACUUGUUAAUUAAGGAUUUUUUGAAACCUUUUUAUAAUUUUGUAAUUAAUAUGAAAAAAUAAAAAUUGUACAAUAAUCAGAAUUGCAUCUUAUAAAUAAAAAAAAGAAAGAAAAAUUACUAUAUUAAUUUUUAUUAACUUCAAUAAGAUUAGUUAGAGGAAUUGAAUCUGCUAAUUAGAUUGCUUAAUAAAAAUUUAUGUAAGCAAUUCUAAAAACUAAAAGUAAUUAUAUGUUAAAAAUAUUCUCAAAUAUUUUUGAAAGAUAUUAGUAAUAAGAUGAAAUAUUAAAAUUACGAUCUCUAAUUAUAAAUGAUAUAAAUAGAGUGUAUUUUGCAUAUGAAUUUAAUGAAAUUCAUAGAUUAGAGUAAAAACAGAAUGUGAUGAAAUUAGGAAUUUUAUAAGUGUAAAUGAAAUUAUUACAAUUAUUAGCUGAAGAUCAUUUUAGACCAUUCUAAGAUUUUUUUAGAGAAUAAAUUGGAUUUGCUUAAAAUUAUGACAUUAUUUAACAUCUGAUGAAUAUUUUAUUGAAUUUUUUCAAUUAAGAAUCCUGUUAGGCUUUAAGUCAAGAUGAUUAUAUUUUAAUAUUAAAUUGUUUUGAUUGCCUUAAAGAAAAUAUUUAAGGUCCUUGUCCUUAAAAUUAAGAAAAAUUAUGUUAACCUUAAUUUUUAAGAUUAUGUUGUAAAUUAUUAGGAUUUGAUGAUUCUUAAAUUAAGUUCUUAAGUUUAUACUAAAGAUUUAAUAAAAUUGAUUAAGCUUUAUUGAAUUAAGAAAAAGAACGAUCAAGAUUAUAAACAUAAGAGUAAUUAAGAAAGAAUAAUUAUAUAUAAGAUAAAACAACGAUUUAAUAAGAUAUUAUAUAGUAUUAUAUAUAAUAUCCAAUUUAUUGUAAAUAAUUAGUUACAUCAUUUAGAAAAAGUAAUUCACUUAAUUAUAGAUUAUCUAUGUUAUCUGAAAUCAAAUAUAGAUGUGCAACAACAUUGGAGUCAUUAACUGAUAAUGAAUAAAAUGAAUCAGAUAUUUUGAAGAGAAUUUCAAUGGUUAUAAAUGAGAAAAUUCUAAUUCAUAAUAUUACAAUUUAAUAUGAAAAAUACAAAAUUUUACAUGGAUCUGGUAAAAAUUAUACUAAUCUUGUAUUUUCUCAUUUGUUAGGAGAGGAUGCUAAAAAUAUUGAAUAAGAGAAUGAAAAAAAGAAAAAUGAAUAAAAAAAUAAGGUUUAAAUAUAGGACAAUAAGAGUUAUUGGUAUUAAGUAGAAUAGGAAGUGACUAUAGAUUCAGCUGUAAAGGAUUUUUGGGAUUCAUUUAUAAUAGAAACAGGAUUCUCUUUAUUUAAUCUUUUAGCUUAAGUAUAUUAGAUGAAAGAUUAGGAUAUUUUAGAGAGAAUAUAUGAAUAAAUAGACAAUACAAAACAAUAAAAAAAGAAAUAUAAGUCUAUUAUCUUUUAUAAUCUUUACAAAGCAAUAUUUUCAGCAUCAAAUUUAACAAAGUAAAUUAUAAUUUAAACUUUUUAGAAAUAUUAAUUAAUUAUAAAAAAGUACUUCGCUUAAUGAUAAAAUUUUUAAUCCAUAAAAAUUUAAGAAAGCAAUAGGAGAAUAUGAAGCCUAAUAGAAGAAACUAGGUUAUAGAGCUUUGAGAUUUUUUGCAACAAGAACAGGUUCAAUUGAAAUAUUGUUACCAUCUAAAUAAUUAAAAAAAGUUAUGUUUCCACUUGUGCCUCAUUGUUUUGCUCUUAAUAAUGUAAUUAAAGAGAAAUUUGCAUCUGAUAUUGAUAGAUUAUCUUAAUAAAGGAAAGUUGAAUCAGUUUUAUCAAAUUCAUCUCAUAUAAUUUAGAAAUUAAAGACAGAAUAUAAAUUUUAAGCUUUGUAUAAAAGGAAUUUUAUUAUUAAUUUAUUAGCUAGUAAUUAAAAAUUAUGGAAAUAAAUAAUAUUUUUAGUAAUAGUGUUAGAGAAUCUAAUGAUUCUAUUUUCAAGUGAUUCAAAUUUAUAAAAAAUAUUUGGAGAUAUUUUAUUUGGUUUAACUAUAACAUAAAUAAUAUUGUAAUUCUUAUGUUUUUUUAUUUUUAUUGUAAAAAAAUUACCUUACUUAAAAAUUAAAUCAUAAGAGAUAGUUUUUGAAAAAUAAAUAAAUAGAAUUAGAAAAAGAGAAAUUAAAUAUAAAUAUUUGGAUAAUUCUUAAAGUAUAGUGUUAUAAGAGGAUUUUGUUUUAGAAAAGACAGAUGCAUUUUUAUUAGAAUAAAAUAAAUGGAGAAGACUCUAUUUUAAUAUAACAGAUUCUUUAACAAUAUAUAAGUGUAUAUUAUUAGAUUAUGAAAUGAUAUACUUUUUAAUUUUUACAACUUUAGCAUUUAUUGGAUUAUACAUUAAUAUAGUUUUAGCAUUAUUACUUUUAGAUGUAUUUUGGAGAUUUCCAACAUUGACAUCAAUUGUAAAUGUAAAUUAAUUAAUUAAUUAAUAUAGGCAAUUUGGAGACCUAGUGGAUCAAUAUUAUUGGUACUCUCUUUAUAUAUAAUAAUGUAAUAUUAUUAUUCUUUAACUGUUUAUUUUUAUUAUUCAGAUGAAUAUUCACCAUAUUGUUAAAACUUAUUAUAAUGUUUCUCCUUCAUAUUAGAUGUCACAUUUAAGACAGAUGGUGGUUCUGUUGGUUAUGUUUCAUCUAGUGAUGUAUAUGCAGAUGAAAAUUAUAGAUAUAGUAUCCUUAAUUUUUGGGAAUUUGUUUAUGUCUUUGUUGUAAUUAGUUUAUUAUACUCAAUAAUUACUGGUAUCAUAAUAGAUUCAUUUGGUGUUUUGAGAGAUGAGGCUGAAGAACUUGAUAAUGAUAUUAAAGGAUUUUGUUUGAUUUGUGGAAUAGAUAGAGGAACUUUAGAAAAGAAGGCAAAACAUAAAAAAGGAUUUAGAUUUCAUGUUAAAUAUGAACAUUGUGUAUGGAAUUAUAUAUUUUACAUUUCUUAUUUGGAAGAUAAGAAAAAAGCAGAUUAUAAUGGAAUUGAAAGUUAUGUAGAUUCAGAUUUAAAAAAAGAGAGUAUUAAUUGGUUUCCAAUUAAUAAAUCAUUAUCAAUACCUGAUGAAGAAGAAGAAUAAGAAGUAAUUUUAUUAAUUUAAUAUAAUUAGGAAUUGUCUAAAUUUAAGUAGACAUUAGAUGAUAGAUUAAUAGAAAUUAGUAACAAAAUUGAUUAACUUAAAGUUUGA